AUGAACAACAAAGACGCGCUCGAUAACAUUCGACGGAAAGCGCCAGCGCCACGAAAACCGAACCAACCGAACGCAGACGACAUGUUGAUACCCUCGCAACAGAUGGAUAUGGUCAGCGGGCAGUUGAUGGCAACACAAGCGCAGCUGCAUCAGGUCGAAGGGCGGUACAACGAGCUGAGCAUUCACCACUCGAUGCUCCUUCAAGAAGUUAUUGGCCUGCAGAAGACCGUUGUCAACCAUGAGCAUGUCAUGCAGCAGAUUAUGACUUUCUUACACGGGGUAGACGCUACGCAACGGAGGAACAGUAAGCUUGUUUUUGGUUCUAACGGCACACAACCGCAGAAUGGGGCCGUGGAAUCUUCAAACCCGGCUCCGGAUGAUGAUGAUCCAGCGUCACCGCUUCAGCACGCGUCCAAAUUAUUGAGCGAGACAAACGCCGAUGUAAUGCUGAACCCGCGGAAUCUGGAACACAUGAAUGAGAUCACGAUGAGAAUGAAUGGCACACUUACCACGCCUCCACCUGAUUUUGCGCGCGCCGCUGCAGCAACGCGCCCGACGAGCCGUGGUCCCCCAUCCGCGAGCUCUGUCGGCUCAAUGCGCCUAGAGAACCUCGAUAACUUAGUCUACCCGGUCGGCUCGUCGAACGGCAUCGACCCCAUGUACAGCGAACACAUCAACAACAUUCCAUACGCAGCUCCUCCAAAAGCAGUUGAAGCAGCAGAGCCCAAGUUUCAAGAGGGCAGAAAGAAAAGCACCAUUCCAGACCCUGGUUGGAUUCGCCCUCCACAGAUUUUGCUUGUUGAAGAUGAUCCGACAUGCCGACGCAUCGGAAGCAAGUUUUUUAAGUAUUCAUUCAUGUGUGUCAAGGGACCAUGCGCUAACAACAUUCAGCUUGAUGGUCUUGAAGCAGUAAAUAAGAUGAAUGCUGGCUCCAAGUACGAUCUGGUGUUGAUGGACAUCAUUAUGCCCAACCUCGACGGUGUUUCUGCUUGCCACUUGAUCCGACAGUUUGACACCACUCCCAUUGUAGCGAUGACAUCCAACAUUCGAAGUGAUGACAUUUCGAUGUAUUUCCAGCAUGGUAUGAACGAUGUUCUUCCCAAGCCUUUCACCAAAGAAGGCUUGCUGCACAUGUUGGAGAAGCAUCUAGUUCACCUGAAGAAACCUAUGCCACCCGGCGAAGGCAUGCCCGCGCCUCAGCCUAUACAAGUGCCUCGACAGCUUGUACUUAAAGAGGAGGAUUCGCCAGCCAAAUCACCAGCAACGGCGAGCAACUGGAAUUCGCCAAACCAACUGCCGGGUGUGUCGCCUGUUGGUAGCAGCGUGACGGACGAAUACGCCCAGGCUAUGCAGGGUCAGCAGGUGCAGCACCCCAACAGCUACGGCACGAACCCGAUGCAGGCAAACAUAGGCUACAAUACUUCUCCACAGAUGCACAUGCAAGCCAGACAACAACAGCCUAUGCCACCGGGCCACCGGAGACAAAUUUCGGAUAUUUCGGGUGGAGACGACAUGACCAAUCCAGCCAAACGCCAACAGAUGUAUGCGCCACAUAUGCAGCAACAGAUGAACCCGAUGCAGCAGCCGCGCCCGCGGUAA